ACACACCCACAAGGGCAAGAAUGUGAUUUAGGACACCCAAAGCCAGCCAAAGACAAGAUAAAAGCUGUCCCCACUGUUUUUCAUGGUAAAACCCCCCAAACAGCACAAGCAAAAUUUUCUCUUCUUUUUACCUGCAUCUUUCUCGGAGAAAAUUAACAAAACCCCUGUGAUGAAGGGAGGGUUUUGUAUGUGGUUGUUGAGCAUUGUGGAGGUGCUAAGGAAGAUAAAAAAGAGAGGGGCAGUGUCUCAGUGAGUGCAAUUUUGAUGGAGUAGUGGAGUGUGUUUUGCUCAGAGGGAAAAGGGUCUUAUUUGUAGCGGUGAGAGAGAAAAAGAAAAGGCAAAGAGAGAGAGAGAGGUAGAGAGAGAGGGUGAGAGAGAAAGUAAGAGAGAAAAUGGUGGGCUCAGGAGGAUCAGAUAGGAGCAAAGAAGCAGUUGGGAUGAUGGCCCUUCAUGACGCCCUUAGAAGUGUCUGUCUCAACUCAGACUGGACUUACUCUGUGUUCUGGACCAUCCGUCCUCGCCCAAGAGUUAGAGGAGGUAAUGGGUGCAAGGUUGGAGAUGACAACGGCAGCUUGAUGUUGAUGUGGGAAGAUGGGUUUUGCCGAGGCAGAGUUGGAGAGUGUCUGGAAGAGAUUGAUGGUGAAGAUCCUGUCAGAAAAGCCUUCAGCAAAAUGUCUAUUCAACUUUAUAAUUAUGGAGAAGGGUUGAUGGGGAAGGUUGCAUCUGAUAAGUGUCAUAAAUGGGUUUUCAAAGAGCCUUCAGAGUGCGAACCAAAUGUCUCCAACUACUGGCAGAGUUCUUUUGAUGCUCUUCCUCCUGAAUGGACCGAUCAGUUUGAGUCAGGCAUUCAGACCAUAGCUGUAAUUCAAGCUGGCCAUGGCCUUCUUCAACUCGGUUCCUGCAAGAUUAUACCGGAAGACCUUCAUUUUGUGCUGAGAAUGCGGCAUACCUUUGAAUCUCUUGGGUAUCAAUCUGGGUUCUACCUCUCCCAGCUUUUCUCUUCAACUAGAAACACUUCCUCUUCUUCCUCACUUCCUUCCAAGCAAUCCACCAUCCCAAGCCGCCCGCCGCCUCCCAUCUUUAAUUGGGGCCAAAGGUCGCUUCCAUCUGCGACUUCCAUGCUUGCUUCUCCCAAUUUUCAAAACUCUGCUAGGCUUGGAUUUCCACACACGAAAGACGAGACCCAUAUGUUUCUCCUUCCUCAUUCAUCUGAAACCCGAAUAGAAGAUAUGAUGGCAGAUCAUGAAAAUGACAUCAAAUGGCCAAAUGGGUUGUCUUUCUAUAAUGCUCUAACUGGACGAAGUGAUGACGCCAAGCUUCUGUUCAGCCCUGAGGGGCUAGGAAACAAGCCAGACCAAAAUCACCACCCUCUUAUCCUCGAAGGAAAGAAUCCAAAUCCGCAUUCAGACUCAAACCCCAAUGAGUUUCUGAGCUUGGACAGCCACCCAGAGACCGUCCGGAAGAUGGAAAACAAGUUCAAGAGGAGCUUUACCUUGCCUGCAAGAAUGGCUUCAUCAUCAUCUUCAACUUCACUCGAUCACCAUCAGCACCACCCUGUGGAAUAUAGAAAUUCCGAAGCCGGGAUGUAUCCAGAUGUCAUGGAGACCUUCUUGGAGUGAUCAUCUCAGGAAGCUAUAGGGUUAGACCAUAAAGAAUGAGAUGUUGUAUGUAGGGAAAGCUUCUGUGGCUCUCUUGCUGCGCACAUUCUUGUGCUUGUUUUUUAGUCUCUUUUACAUCUUGUGUUUCCUUGAUCCAUUUACUGAACUUUUUUCCACUAUUUGUUGUAGUUUUUCCAAUCAUAAGUUUUCCUUUCAACUUUUCCCACAA